GGUUAUUCCGUACUGAAUCCCUCAGCUCCGACUCACGAAGGUGAUAAGACAAGUAAGCAUGCCAAAAGUCCUCCUCUCUUUCGGCAAAUUUCUCUCGUUAUUACCCCAUAGGCGACCGCACGUUGUAUGUCAUGACUGCUGAGUCUGCACGCCAUAAAUCACCUACCGAAAAGCCAUGGGUUGAUCCUUUGGCCCUUCCCAACUAUGGAGAUGUUACAACUGUCUCUGGAAAUGCCCCAGACUCCAUCAAGCAAUUGAACUACAACGUUUUUGCAGGCUAUGGCUUGGGUGACUCCGAUUGUUUUGGGCACGCCGUUGGGAAGACGGUUCGCUUUGUGGCGGUCAACAUUGAUCGCAAAGGCGGUUCACAAGGGCGAUUAGAGGCUACGACGGUCGCAGAGGUCACAGUUACCAAAAAUAUGUUGAAUGGAGCUGGCAUGUUGCACGGCGGAUGCGUUACCACACUCAUCGACAAUUGUUGUAGCACCCCCCUUGUCGUACUAGGCCUGGCAAAAAACGUGAACGGUGUUGGCGUCACUCAGUCUAUGAACGUGUUGUUUCACUCGCCUGCUCCUCCAGGGACAUGCUUGCAAAUUACCAGCACAUCCAUUUCGCUUGGAUCAAGGGUGAUGAGUUCUCGAUGCGAGAUCACGGACAAAAUCUCAGGGAGGAUAAUCGCGUCGGCCAUGCUGAACAAAAUGCAACCCAGUUCGCGUCUAUAAUACGUUCAUAGAAGUAGUAGUGACUUCAACUCCUGAGUGGCUAUUGGGCAAUGGGACGUAUCAUUAUGAAGCG